CUCUAGGUCGCCGCGCUGUUGUUAUCAUCAGUCAUAAUGGUGAAGUGCAAUACUACUACUACUACCCGUAAGCUACAGAUUAGACCUGCUAAGUUACGAUCAACCAUCACUCCUGGUACCGUACUUAUCCUAUUGGCUGGUCCUUAUCGUGGUAAACGUGUUGUAUUCCUUAAGCAAUUGGACUCUGGUUUACUCUUGGUUACUGGUCCUUUCCGUCUUAAUGGUGUACCUCUUCGUAGAGCUAAUCAAGCCUAUGUUAUUGCUACUUCCACUAAGAUUGAUAUCUCUAAGGUGAAUACUGAUAAGUUUACUGAUGAGUAUUUUGCCAAGUCGAAGGAUGAGAAGCAUACUGGCAAGAAGACUGAAGAGGAGUUUUUUGCUCUACAGAAGGAUGGAUCUCAAUUAUCUGCUCAGUUUAUUGCUGAUCAGAAGGAGAUGGACAAAUCUCUAAUGUCUGUUAUUGCUAAGGAUAAGAUGAUGCCUCGUUAUUUGAGGUGCCGUUUUACUCUCAGUAAUGGUAUGUAUCCUCAUGAGAUGAAAUUCUAAAGUGGCAGCAGCAGCAUUAUUAUCAAUACUUGCCUCCCGCCGCCAACGAUAACGACAACGAUCGUCACUUCUUCGAUGGUCGUCGUCGAUGUUGCUUGAGCGGUAAUAGUAGAGCUACUACCAUCAUCACCAUUAUAGGAAGCACCAGCAUUGAUAAUCACCAUCAUGGUUUGUUAUCAACAGUAACAUCAGCAGCAGCAUCAUCAUCAU